CAUCGACCAUACCAUACGAUACGAGCAAAGACCCGGCGGAUGUUCGUGGAGUGGAAGGCCAAGUACAGAAUGACCUAUAAAGAUGUCGGCGAGGAGGAGUGCAGGUACACGGUGUUCAAAGGGAGCCACCGCCGUGUCGACCGGGCCAACGCCCGCGACGCCGGGGUAACCUCUUACUGCCUCAACCAUCGCAACAGUCUCACCAAAGAGGAUAUUUUUCGGGGGUACGGGGUCUGGAUGUGGGAGGAACUGUAUGAGGAGGAGACCCGCCGAAUGUUCGUGGGGUGGAAGGCCAAGUACGGGAAGGCCUACAAAGACGUCGGCGAGGAGGAGUGCCGGUACAAGUUGUUCAAGGGCAAUCGCCGCAUCGUCGUCAAGCUCAACGCCGCCGCCGGGGAACCCGCAUACGGCCUCACCAACGAGGGGGUCCGUGAAUGCUGCGACGGGAGCGGAGGGGUUCAGAACAACCCGGAGAUGGAGGGAAAGCUGAGCGUCAGCUGCUAGGCUGCCGCCACCGAUACCAUGUGGUUGAUUGUAUAGAUACCAUUCGCCUCAGAUGGA